AUGGCCGAAGCCAUCGGUCUCGCCAGCGGUAUCCUGGCACUCGCCUCCGCCGCCAUCAAAACCACCAAAGCAGUCGUCGAAAUCAUCAACGGCAUCAAAGACGCCCCGUCGCACAUAUCCGACCUCCAACAUGACGUCCAAUCCCUCCGUAGCAUCCUCCUCCGUCUCGAAACUGCCGAAAAGCAAAGACUAGCAUCUUCUUCUCUUAAUGAUAACAAGAAACUUAAUAGUAGUGGUAAUAAUAGUAAAAACAACAGUAAAACCAGUUUAUCGGCUGCAACUGCAGGUGCGCAUGCGGGGGAAGAUGAAUACGAUACGAUAAGAGAUCAGUUGAAGCAUUGUAAGACGGUGUUGAAGGGGGUGGAGGAUGAAUUGAUGCCGAUAAUGGCGCAGAUGAAGGGAGGGAAGAAACAGGUUGUUUGGGCGUCGAUAUGUGUGGCGUUUACGGAGAAGUCGAUUAAAGAGCAUUCUUCGAGGUUGUAUAAGGCCAAGACGGAGUUGUUGGUUACGAUGGUUAUUGAUAUUAGAUUUGCUGUACUGGCCUCGACGAAUAAACAACAGCCCCAAACUUCCAAUCCCAUGGUUCAAGCCGAUGACCCUCCACCAGAAUACUCCGGCCCAGAUCCAAAGAUAAAACGUCGAGACAGUAAUUUACUCAAAGAUACCCUCCGCAGUAACUCCGUCAUCAACCGUUUUAAAUCAUCCGGUAGCAAAACAGCUGCAAAAGAUGAAACAUCAGCACAAGAUGAAACUUCAAAGCUACCAACUUUCUCACAGGUCAUCAGCUCUACGAUGGAUAAUAUGAGUAAAUCAGUUGCGAAUGAAACGAAGGGAGAUUAUAGUAUUUCGACGUUUAAGAUGCUGUGGAAGGAUGAUUUGGAGAGGAUACAGUCGUUGUGGAGUUUGGAGAAAGAGACUGUGCAGCAUUUGAAGAGAACGAUUAAUGAUCAUAUGUGCGAGAUCUUCACCUCAUCUUUAUCCGCCAACAUAACCACCAUGAACGACAUCAAAGACGCCGCAGAAGGAACCCUCACCUGGAUCGAUUCAACAGACGAUUACACUCAAUGGCAAAGUCCCUCGGACCACAAAGUCCUCCUCCUAGAAGGAAAAGCCGGCUCCGGUAAAAGCGUCUUUACCAAGACCCUCUGUCGAACCGUUACACAAAACUCCUCUGCUCCUGAAAAGGAAACUCCAGUAUUGCUCUCAUACUUCUGCAACAAGAGAGUUAGAGCACAAGAAUCCUGCAUUGAAAUCCUAAAGGCCUUUGUCUGUCAAUACUUCAAAGGGAACAAAGGCGAUUUUACAACGGUAUAUAAGCAAUGUAAAUCCCUUUGCGAUCAGUGGGAUCCCGCUCAGCCCGCUCAGUUCAAAUUUGGCGUUACAAAUCUUUUGGAUAUUUUCACAACGAUUCUACAAGUCUCCAAAAACCCGGUUUAUGGUGCUGUAGAUGCGAUGGAUGAAUGCCAUUCCGAUAGAGAUAUGGAAGAGUUCAUGACGCACCUUCCAAGUCUUCUAAAAUCGAAUACAAACUUCAGACUUUUCAUGAGUUCGAGACCGGACUGGAUCGCAGAUAACGACCUUUCAGAAUUCAACCCUCUAAAGAUCAUUCUCCACCCGGGUAUUACCGAAAAGGAUAUAUCCCAAGUAAUCGAACUCGAGCUCUGCAGACUGCAGACAAAACUCACUAUCGACGAAAAAGACAAAUUGGCAUUGAAGAGGAAGCUCACGAAUAAAGCAGAAGGAAUGAUGUUAUGGGUAGUUCUCGCUUUCCGUCGUAUUCAAGACCAUAUCAAGCGAAUGCUGUCACCUACCUUAAAAUGGUUGGAGAAAAUGGUAGAAAAGCUUCCUCGCGAGAUAUUCGGGAUGUACGACCACAUUAUGGCCACCAUUCGAGAGAAAUAUGGAAAGACACCCCAUUCACCCGGAGAAGUUGAUUCAUCAUCCGAAGAAGAAGAGGACGAGGAAAGUUCGAAUCUUGCAAUAUACGGAAAACUAGUCCUCUGGGUCGCAAGAUCCGGUCGUCCACUCACAGUCAAAGAACUGCAAUUCGCUUUGGCGUUGGAUAUGAAGGAUAAAUGUCUCGGCGACAUGAAAAAGAAGAUAAACUGUGAUAUCGAACGAGUGAUCGGAAGAAUCCCGUUUUUGGAAAUAAUAUCCGCAGAAAGGUUCGCUGAAUCGCCUGAAGAUGAUCAAGAAUCUCGGUGGGGCUUCUUUAUACCAAGACAAGCCAGCACACCUUCUUGCACAGUACGAUUCAUCCACCAAUCCGCCAGAGAAUAUAUCCUCAGAAGCGCCGACAACCCUCCGACCGAAAAGACUCCAGACGACGGUACCCGCUUCGCAUACCCAAAACUCGACGACGCCUGCAUCGGUAACCUCUGCGUAAACUUCCUCAGCUUCCGAGAUUUUGACACCGGUCCACUCCACCAAUUCGACGAAGGAAUAAAUUUCAAAGAAGGGUUUAAAAAAUUCUUAGAAGACUGCGGUUUCCUAGAAUACUGUGCUUCAUACUGGGGGUACCAUCUAAACCGUGCUUCAAACUUAGACGACGCUACAAAGGCUCAUGUAGCAGAUUGGAUUUCAAAUCGAAAGAAUAAUAUGAGAUUAUACUUCCAAGUCGUCAACUACACGGCCUUUGGUCGAUGGGGUGAUUACGUCGACGGUGAGUUUGGAAUCAUUGCCGCUGCAGGAUUGGGCAUCGGAUGGCUAGUGGAUUACAUGAUCCAAAAAGGCCACAACCUCGAUCAACGCGACGAAUGGGGCAGAACAGGGUAUCAGCUAGCAGACGGACGAGGAUUCGCAGAAUGUGCACAAAAGCUGGAGGAUGCCGGAGCUUACACCGGUCAAGAGUUUUUGAUAAACUUCCCUAUGGUAAGGAUGUGCUGGGAUACCGUGACAAAUCUCAAAAAUGCACUUGAAGAGAGCGGUGCAGACGAUAGUAUGGAAGCAAAAGACGAAUUUGGAAGAACAGAUGUCUUUUAUGCUUGUUCUAGAGGAGAUGCGGAGUUGUUAAGUGCGGUGUUGGAGAAGAAUCCGGAUUUGGGGGUUAAAGAUCCAUACGGACGGUUACCGAUUGAUGUGACAAUAGACCUUGAAUGUCGAGAGCUUAUGCUCGCAAAGAUGAAGAAGGAUGGGAUGAAGGUUACUCCGGCGAUGGCAAAGAAGGUGACUUGUUUGCAUGAUACUUUUUCGUAUCAGGUGCCUUACUUCCUACAGACAGUUUAUUGUAAUUGUUGUGGAAGGGCGUUGAGGACGUUUUAUUUCCACUGCUGCGGCUGCUCAACCGAAAACGAAGGUUUCAACAUCUGUAGCCAAUGUCACGAGAACGGGAAACGAUGUCUUGAUUCAGCGAACCAUAAGCUUCUUGGGCGAGUUACAGCUGAUUGGUUGGUUUCAUGGCUGGAUUAUACACCGCAUAUGGAGAAUGCCAAGGUCGAAUCACCAAUAAAGUGGAGUUUGGAUGGUAUUCAGGGUUAUCACGAUCAAGACGACAGUGACGAAGAAGAGGAUGAAGACGGAUCAAAUGCACAAGAAGAGGAGAUUACACCGGUAAGAACGGUAGGGACGGAAUCGGUGGUUUAUCAAGAGAAGGAUAAGUCGAAAGGGGCUGUGGUGAGGAUUCAGCCUGUCGAGGAGGCUGAGAAGGGCGCUGGGUGCUGUAAGUGCGUUGUUCAGUAG